AUUGAUUAUUACGGGUGUGCUUUGGUGGGAAGAACAACAAAAUAGGAAAAUAAAAAAAAAUAGAAAAAAGGGUUUUGUGUCGGUAGAAAUUGGAAAUCAGAGGGUUGAUGAGCUGAGUUUACACUGAUCAGGAUCUUUUAUAUGUAUCUGUCUGUAUAUCUUCUCUAUAUCCAUCUUUAUAUACUCGAAUCUCAUCAGUCUCUGUCUCUCUCGAUUCACACCUCUCAUUCCCAGAUUACACGAUCUUCAUUCAGCUCAUCACCACAUUAAACCCACUUAAUAAUAUAUGUGUGUGUGUAUUUGUGCAUAUAGGAUUUGGGUUUGUGUGCUUUCGAUCGAAUCGAGUUCGACUGUGUCUCUUGAGUUGUUCGAGGUCCGAGACAGUUCAUUUGGGUUUUGUGUAUCUGGGCAUUUUAUUGUUUGUUCUGAGACUUCUGAUUUGACUAGCACAGAGACUUUUGUUUAUGGGUUGACUGUUUCUUCGUCAGGUUCUGAACCGUGUUGACUCGGUAAAUGGAGGCUUUCGAGUUCCAGAGAAGCCUCUUCGGGAUUCAAAACUUCAUGUUCUGAGCUAAGACUCAGAUUUGAACAGUUCGAUGGAAUAAUAAUUGCUAUCACAAGAAAUUUUAAAUGGGUCUUCAAAGAGGAGCUUAACUGGAUUGGCAUGUGAAUCUGGGUUUGAUUGUUGGUUAUCUCUGGUGAGAAGUUUCCAGACUCAUUGGUGUUUUCUUCCAAAUUCUGAUAUUGGGAUGGGUUGUCGGUGCUCUAAACUCACUGCAUGUUGUUGGGUUUCGGAACAAAACGGGCCAAUUCAUGAGGCACCGAAAGUUGAAAAUGAGGAGAAGAGUGAGGUUGAUGGUUUGCCCACGUUUCGUGAAUACACUAUUGAACAACUUAGGAUAGCUACAUCUGGAUUUGCAGUAGAAAACAUAGUUUCUGAACAUGGGGAAAAGGCUCCAAAUGUGGUUUAUAAAGGGAAAUUGGAGAAUCAAAGUCGUAUUGCCGUUAAACGCUUCAAUAGAUCUGCUUGGCCUGAUGCUCGGCAGUUCUUGGAAGAAGCAAGAUCUGUUGGUCAACUCAGGAACCAUAGAUUAGCAAAUCUACUUGGUUGUUGCUGUGAAGGUGAUGAGAGAUUACUUAUUGCAGAAUUCAUGCCCCACGAGACACUUGCAAAACACCUAUUCCAUUGGGAAACACAGCCUAUGAAGUGGGCAAUGCGUUUAAGGGUAGCUUUAUAUCUUGCACAAGCUCUAGAAUACUGUACGAGCAAAGGGCGUGCCCUUUAUCAUGAUCUUAAUGCUUACAGAGUAGUUUUUGAUGAUGAUGGCAAUCCUAGACUGUCAUGCUUUGGUUUAAUGAAGAACAGUAGAGAUGGAAAAAGUUAUAGCACGAACCUUGCAUUCACCCCUCCAGAGUAUCUGAGGACUGGCAGAGUGACAUCUGAAAGUGUUAUUUAUAGCUUCGGCACCCUUUUGCUUGACCUUCUCAGUGGAAAGCACAUUCCUCCAAGCCAUGCCCUUGACCUUAUACGGGACAGGAAUAUUCAGAUGCUAACAGAUUCUUGCUUGGAAGGCCAAUUUUCUAAUGAUGAAGGAACUGAGUUGGUCCGUUUAGCUUCGAGAUGCUUACAAUAUGAGCCAAGAGAGCGGCCAAAUUCAAAGUCAUUAGUUGCUGCUUUGAUUCCUCUUCAGAAGGAAACUGAGGUUCCUUCUCAUGUAUUAAUGGGUAUACCUCAUGGCGCCACAGCUUUUUCUCUAUCCCCGCUUGGUGAAGCUUGCGUAAGAAUGGAUAUGACUGCCAUGCACGAGAUCUUAGAAAAGAUUGGGUAUAAAGAUGAUGAGGGAGCAGCAACUGAGCUUUCAUUCCAGAUGUGGACUAACCAGAUGCAGGAGACAUUGAACUCUAAGAAAAAGGGUGAUGUUGCUUUCAGGCAUAAAGACUUCAGAGCUGCAGUUGAAUGUUACACACAGUUUAUUGAUGUUGGAACCAUGGUCUCCCCAACAGUUUUUGCUCGCCGUAGCCUAUCGUAUCUCAUGAAUGAUAUGCCACUGGAAGCCCUGAAUGAUGCAGUGCAAGCACAAGUAAUAUCCCCUGUUUGGCACAUUGCAUCAUAUCUACAAGCUGCUAGUCUUUUUGCUUUGGGAAGGGAGAAUGAGGCACAAAUUGCAGUCAAAGAGGGUUCAAUACUUGAAGAAAAGAGGAACGCGACUUCCUGACAACGGAGAAGAGGUGGCCUGGCCUACUGUCUUUUAUUCUUUACUGAAUUGUUCCUUUUUUCUGAAGAUGAUCAUUGCACAUCAAAGGCAAGCUUCUUGGCUUUGAAGCAAAACUCAUGGUCAGAGAAAUUUGGAUCGUAAUGGACACAGAGUCUCGGUCCUCUGCUUGCGCAAUUGGUUGGUUUUGUUGUCAUGUUGAAUCAUUCUUUUGCAACAUUAUUGGAUAGGUUGGCUUGGUCAGUUUAUUAGGGCAUAUGCAUCCCUUAGUGUUUAUGACAAUUCUGCCCCUGCUGACAGUUUAGCUGACCUCUUUCCAGUAACAUACAACUUUGGGAAUAAUUCAGAUACCAUUGGAUCAGAUUAUUUUCAUAGAGGAAUAUCAACUGUUGAGUUCCAUGCCUUGGGGGUGUAGAAGUAAUUGUUGCCAUGCUGUAAUUUGUGUACAGUACUCUAUUGCUUUCUGCUGAUGUGAAAUUGAUGCUUUUGUAUGCUGUUGCCUUCUGUUUAUGCUUUUCUGUCCGGUGGGGAUAUGCGGUUUAGUUUGGUUUGAUUUAAAUAUAAUUGACACUUUCUAUUUGUUA